AUGGCUUCUAAAGUGUGUGAUGCAAUUAAUACGAUCGAUAAAUUUUUUGAUGAUGAUCCGAACAACACGGGAAAAGGUGCUUAUGAGAGUUAUUUAAGUGCGUAUUGCCCUGAUGGGAACUGCAGUAUUGAUGAAGAAAAGAUUAUCCCUUGUUUUAUAAUUUUACUAAAAAAUCUUGAUGAUGAAAGUUUCGAAAGUGAUAAAAUUGUUCAAUACGCUAGUUUAUGGUUAAGUCAUAAACUAAAUCAAAAAACACAAAAUGGAACCACCAAAUUAUACAAUUUUUAUACUGAAAAUAUAAUAACAAAUAGUUGUUAUAUUAAUAAUAUAGAUGAUAAUAGUGAUGAUAAUAUUAAUAAGAGUGUUAUAGAAAAUAAAAUAAAAUCGAUGAAUAUGGAUAUUAAAGAUAUAUCCAAUUUUUAUGAUGCAUUUAAAUCAUUAUGUAACAUGUAUAGUGAAAUUGAAUUAUAUAACUACCAAUGCAAUAAAUGUUUAGAAAAUGCUGGAGAAUUGUUUGAAAAAUAUGAAAAACUUAAAAAUGCUUUAGAUAUUAAUAAAGGAAGUUCUUAUUAUGAACUAUUGUCUAGUUUAUCAAUUGAUUAUAAAAAUUUUGAAAAUAGUUAUAAUACUCUUUGGUGUAGUAAAGGCCCACCACUUGUAGCUUGUCCACGAAGUUCAGUAACAAAAAAUACACUAAUUUCAAUUGCAAUUAUAUUUGUUGCAGCAUCAAUUUUAUUGGGAGUUUCUUAUAAGUAUUCGUUAUUUGGAUUUCGGAAAAGAUCUCAAAAACACCAUUUAAAAGAAAUGCUAAAAAAAUAA